AUGACCGUUGUUGACCGGAAGCAGGAUUCGGCCGGCGAAGACUCGCACGGCCAAGCCGGCGGACGGUCGGCUUCGACGACCACGGCCCCCGUGCUGAAUCCCCUCGCCGGCAUGACGAACGAGGAGGUUCUGGCCGACGCCGACGCCUUUGUCCGGGAGAACGGCCUGGUCGAGCACCGAGACGUCUUCCGCAAGGGCGCCUUGGUGGCCAAGACGCAGAACGAAGUGGGCGCCUACGAAAGCAUCGCCGAGCUCACCGAGGACGACAAGGCCGUUCUCCGCCACGAAGAUGGGCACAAGUGGCGCUCGUCGCCGCCCAUGCUGUACCUCCUGUGUGCCCUCUGCGCCGGUUGCGCCGUCGUCCAGGGCAUGGACCAGACCGUCAUCAACGGCGCUCAGGCCUUUUACUUUCGAGAGUUCCAAAUCACCGACAGGCUCGUCCAGGGUCUCGUCAACGGGUCGCCCUACGCCGCCGCCGCCCUCGUCGGCUGCUGGCUCAACGCGCCGCUGAACAAGCGCGCGGGCCGUCGGGGGACCAUCGCCUUCUCCUGCUUCCUCGCCUUCGUCACGGCCCUGUGGCAGGCCUGCUCCGUCCACUGGCUCUGCUUUCUCGUCGCCCGUUUCGUCCUCGGCCUCGCCGUCGGUGCCAAGUCGAGCACGACGCCCGUCUACGCCGCCGAGUGCGCGCCCAAGAACAUUCGCGGCGCCCUCACCAUGAUGUGGCAGAUGUGGACGGCCUUUGGCAUCAUGCUCGGCUUCGCCGUCUCGCUCGCCUUCCAGCAUCUCGACGUCCUCGGUACCGACUCGCAGUGGCGCUGGAUGAUCGGCGUCACGGCGGUGCCGCCCAUGGUGGUCGGCCUGCUCGUCUACCGCAUGCCGGAGAGCCCGCGCUGGCACAUGGAGCGGAAGGAGUUUGCUCGGGCCUUCAAGUCGCUGAGCGUGCUCCGGAAGCACGACAUCCAGGCCGCCCGCGACAUGUACCUCGCCUACAAGCUCCUCGCCGUCGGCGAGGGGGCCAAGGGGGGCCAGUCGCUCCUCAAGGAGUUCUUCACGGUGCGGCGCAACCGUCGGGCGGCGCAGAGUGCCUGGUUCUGCAUGCUGACACGGCACCGUCGACGCGCAGCUCAUGCAGCAGUUCUGCGGCGGUGGGUUGCCUCCCCCCCCCCUCCCUCGCUCCGUCCGGCGGCGGACGGCAUGCCCGUGACGGACGGUGAAAGGUUCCAUCCACCCCUGCUAACGUGCCGUCUGCCUCCAGUCAACGUCAUCGCCUACUACAGCACCAAGAUAUUCGUCGACGCCGGGUACUCGGCCGAGACGGCCAUGCUCGUCUCGUUCGGCAGCGGCGUCUGCAACUUCCUCGGCGCGCUCCCCGCCGUCUUCACCAUUGACCGGUACGGACGCCGCCAGCUGCUGCUCUUCACCUUUCCCGUCAUGGCCGUCUUCCUCUUCUGGACGGGCUCGAGCUUCCUGAUCGAGGAGAAGCACACGCGGCUCGCGUCGGUGGCCGCGAGCCUGUACGGCUUCAUGAUCCUCUACUCGCCCGGCCUCGGCCCCGUGCCCUUUACCUACAGCGCCGAGGCCUUUCCGCUGCACAUCCGGGCCUUGGGCAUGAGCUCGGCGACGGCCAUCACCUGGGCCUUUAACUUUCUCAUCAGCUUCACCUGGCCCGAGAUGAUGGACAAGUUCACCGCCAUGGGCGGUUUCUACUGGUACGCCGGCUGGAACGUCGUCGGCUGGGUCUUCACCUACUUUCUCCUCCCCGAGACGAAGGGGAGGACGCUCGAGGAGCUGGACAGCGUCUUUAGCGUGCGCAACCGCGACCACGCCCGGUACUACAUGCGGAAGCUGGACCGCUUUUUCAGGAGGCUCCUCGGCCGGGACGUGAAGGCGCUGGCGCCGCUCUAUGCGACCGAGAGCAGAACCGGUUCCGAGGCAGGAAAGCCACAGUCGGCAUGA